GGGUGAAAUCUCUGAAGCUGUUAUCGUUGAGCGUGAACGAAGCAGCAUUCGAAUUGGUUCAGUGUAGGUUUAAGGAGAUGAAGGCAUUGUUCUUGAUCCUGUUUUCUUUCACCUAUGUCUUCGCCGAACACAUCUUCCCUGCUCAUAUCGGUAGUAUUGGUGGUGGCAGCUCUCGCGAACCGAAAUACAAGAUUGAAUUCCAUCCUGAAGAUUCCCCUUUUCACCCUGAUGAUGAUCAGGAAUCUAUAGUCAUGCCAGAUAAAAAUGGGGAGAAAUUUAUCUGUUACUUGCCUAAGGUGGAAAAGGAAAAAAGUGGAAAGCCUUUUAUCCAGCACAAUAUUAGCAGCAUGAUUGUUGAAACUGAGAAAAGGAUCAAACAGAAGACGCCAGAUGAACUGCUAGAAGUAUUAAAGGGUCCAUGCUUUAUCAGACAAGAAGGUUGGUGGUCAUAUGAAUUUUGUUAUCAAAAAAAGUUGCGGCAACUACAUUUGGAGGAUGACAAGGUGGUCCAGGAGUUUGUCUUGGGAGUGUAUGAUCCUGAGGCUACAGCUGCAUUUAACCAAAAUCUUUCUGACAUCUCUACAUUGAAGGAUCCCCGCUCAAAAGAUGCAUCUCAAAGGUAUCAUGCUCACCAAUAUACUAAUGGAACCGUAUGCGAUCUUACAAAUAAGCCACGAGAGACUGAGGUGAGGUUUGUAUGCUCGGAACCCAGAGCAAUGAUUAGUUCAAUCACAGAGAUUUCCACUUGCAAGUAUGCACUUACAAUUCAAUGCCCUACGUUAUGCAAGCACCCAUUGUUUCAAGAGGAGAGACCAGUAUGGCACACCAUCGACUGUAAUGCGCUUCCAAAGGAUUACAAGGAUGCCAAAGUGAGACAAGAAAACAGAAAUAUGGAGAUUGUUAUGGUCACAGAUUCUGAAAUUUAUGAUUCAGAACAAUGAUGUAAAUAUACACAAGGAGAAUGGAAGGAAGCAUUAGAGCAAGUUGUCAACAUGUAUUUUCCACAUUGGCCUAAGAAAUCAUGUAUUUUCUGCUAUUGCUCUUUCCAAACAGUGCAUAGACAAUGUUUUUUAAUCUUCAUAAAAUUAGAUUUCCAUAAAAAUGUAGUUCAUCUUUAAGAGGCCCUUGGAGCUUAUGCAAGUUUUUUAUUUUCUUCUUCGUCUCUUCCUCUUAGUACUAUUAUUAUUAUUUGGAAAUAGGAGAGUUGUUGCAUGUUCUUCAAUUUAUGUAUCUACACUUUU